AAGAACGACAACAACAACAACAACAAAUGCAGCAUUCGGCUUCUUCUUACGUCCCGCCGAUGUCGUUGAAUCUUUUGGUGGUGGCAGAGGUCGCAAAACCCGACAAGCGCUGUUGAAUCGGUGUCUGCAGAAUACUGGGUUGUGGUCAAGCAAUUCAAGAUGUCUAUCGAGAUCGAAUCUGCGGAUGUCAUCCGUCUCAUCCAGCAAUACCUGAAAGAAAAUAACUUGGGACGAACGCUGCGAGCGUUGCAGGAGGAAACGUCCAUAACCUUGAACACAGUGGAUUCAGUUGAGAGUUUCAUGGCAGAUAUCAAUCAAGGACAUUGGGACACAGUACUCAAGGCCAUUCAGACACUCAAGCUUCCUGAUAAGAAACUCAUUGAUUUGUAUGAACAGGUUGUGCUUGAGCUGAUUGAACUGCGAGAGCUUGGCGCAGCAAAAUCGGUGUUGAGGAAUACAGAUCCGCUUAUCAUGCUCAAGCAGACAGUUCCUGAAAGGUAUGUUCAUCUAGAAAAUCUAAUUGCACGCUCCUACUUCGAUCCCCGAGAGGCCUACCCUGAAGGUGUAACCAAAGAAAGGAGAAGAGCUGCUAUAGCUGCUGCUUUGGCUGGUGAGGUGUCAGUGGUCCCGCCUUCACGUCUCUUAGCCCUCUUAGGACAGGCACUGAAAUGGCAGCAGCAUCAGGGAUUGCUUCCCCCAGGAACACAGAUUGAUUUGUUCCGAGGUAAGGCAGCUAUGCGAGAACAAGAGGAUGAAAAGGUACCAACACAGCUGUCACGAUUCAUCCGUUUCCCACAGAAGGCUCACGUUGAGAGUGCACAUUUCAGUCCCGAUGGCCAAUAUCUUGUUACUGGGAGUCUUGACGGUAUUAUUGAAGUGUGGAAUUUCACAACGGGUAAGAUUCGUAAAGAUCUGAAGUACCAGGAGAAGGACUCCUACAUGAUGAUGGAGGCUGCUGUUUUAAGCUUGGCGUUUAGCAGAGAUUCGGAGAUGCUUUCAACUGGCUCCCAAAACGGACAAGUCAAGGUCUGGAGAGUGAACACCGGUCAGUGCCUGCGGAAGGUGGAGAGGGCCCAUUCUGAAGGAGUUACAUCUCUUGCCUUUAAUAAAGACAACAGUCAAGUUAUGUCAACUUCAUUUGAUAAUACUAUCAGAAUUCAUGGCCUGAAGUCUGGGAAAACCCUGAAAGAGUUUAGAGGCCAUUCGUCGUUCGUCAAUCAAGCAACCUUCACUCAGGAUGGACACAACAUUAUAAGUGCAUCAUCCGAUGGAACAGUAAAAGUGUGGUCUGUGAAAACGACAGAAUGUAUAGCAACAUUCAAGUCUCUGGCAGGUGUUACUUCUGUUGAUCUUCCAGUUUAUUCUGUUCACAUUCUCCCGAAGAAUCCUGACCACAUAGUCGUCUGUAAUCGUUCAAACACCGUGACAAUCAUGAACAUGCAGGGACAAACGGUACGUUCACUGUCUUCAGGUAAACGUGAAGGUGGUGACUUUGUGGCUUGUGUUGUGUCCCCGCGUGGAGAAUGGAUCUUCUGUGUUGGUGAAGAUCACGUGCUCUAUUGCUUCUCUACGUCAACAGGAAAACUGGAGAGAACUCUCAACGUUCAUGAGCAGCCAGUGAUUGGAAUGUGCCACCAUCCUCACCAAAACCUUCUCGCAACUUUCAGUGAAGAUUGUCUCCUUAAACUUUGGAAACCUUAGGUGUCUACGCAUCUGUGGUUGGCUGCCUUUUUUAAACACUGGAUGGCCGUUUUGGUACUUGACAUUUGUAUCAGAAGUUUGUGGGGUGUGGUUGAAUCUUGAUAUUUUCAUUAAGAACUGCAGAAGGACCGUUCAUCAAUUUUAUAAGUGGGCGAGUGGGAAUGUUAAGUGAUGGUGCAAAAUAACUUUCACUUCACAUUCAUUUCAGUCAAAUUAUUUUUAAAAACGUUCCAAAAAUGUUCAUUCAAAUAUCUUAAAAGUUUUAAAUGGUGUCCAGUCAAUUCUCAGUUGACCAAUAUGUAAAGUGAACAAGCAGUUACUAUUAUCACUUUGGAAUUUCUGUCAGCAGAUCAUUUAUAAAAAGCACCUUAGUUUGCCCUGCAAAAUCAGUCAUUUUCAGACCUCGUUGGUGGGGCUCGUCCAAAGUUGUUGUUUUUAAACUGGAACAAGACAAGGUUAUAAAUGUUGGAUAAUGUGUUGUGGGAAGAUUUGAAGCUUGGCCCUGAAAGGUUGUUGUAAAAAAGCUUUAGUACAGAAGUGUUGCAUUACUGUAUCUAAGGAAGUAAAUACUACAUUCAAGUGCUAUAGUCAUGGCCCAGGUUUUAGAUUUUGAUAUAGGUGUCAUAUACAUACUACUCUGUCUUGAGCAUUUGAGUACUGUAUAUAGGUUACCACCUAGAAUCAUUCCUUUGUUUUAGAACAGAGGUUUGAUAGGAAUAUUGUAGUUUACGUACAUUUAAACUCCAACAAAAAUAUGUUCGCUGGUAUUUAAAUUUUUUUGAUAUAAAUUCUCAUUUGUAUGUUUUAUUUUGUGAAUUUAUUUUAUUAAUUGUAUUGACAAGCACAAUAAUGAUAUAGGGUCAGACAAUUGGCUGACUACCGUAUUUGCAUUUUGGGUUCUAUUGUGACCAGUUGUUGAACAGAAGCAACCUCAACUGUUUAACCAUAGACCACGAAAGUCGAGCUUGCGUUUGUUGAUGAGUAAAAUCAUAAUAAAAGAAUUAAUAAUCUAAUAAUAGAA